UUUUUCUAUAAAUUAAUUUUAAGUGUUUAAAAGGCGUUCUUAUAAUAUGUUUAUUUGUAAAACACGCUGAUGUUUUUACGCUUUUAUCUUAGUAUUUGUACUUUGUGCUUUGAAAGAGAUUUUUUUAUCUCUUGAUAUAUUUUAGUUGUACCUACAGGCAUAAUAAGGAUACAACGCUAAAUAUUUUAACACAGACAUAUUCAUUUCUCAUAUAGAGAAAUGAAGCAUGAUUUUGUAAGAAGAAUCGUUUCUGUUGCAUUAUCUCGCAUUGGUUACAACGUAGGAUGUUACCCUCAAAUAUAUGUGGCAAUUUUCCUCAUAUUUUCACUCGUGUUAGCUACAGGAAUAAUACAUGUAUCACCUACGAAGGACAUAGACUAUCUUUAUGUACCAUCCGAUGCAAGAGGCAAAGCAGACAGAGCAGCUAUCGAAUCAAUGUUUCCCAAGAACACGUCACAAUGCGAUUACAGAAGAAUAUCUAGAUUGGAAGGAACUAUAGUUUUGGUAACGUCAAAAAAUAAAACUUCUAUACUAGAAGAAUCAAUAAUUGAAGAGGUCAUCAAACUGGAUGAAAUUAUACGAAAUAUCAGUGUUCUAUGGAAUAACGCAUUCGUUCGUUACGAAGAUUUAUGUUGUAAGUCAGAUGGGAACACUUGCCACGAAAACUACGCUUUGUCUUUAAAAGGAAAGACAAAUGACGUCAAGAAAGGAAUAUACAGAAUCAAAUACCCAGUUGAUAAAAUUGAAGGAAAACUAAUAAUCUCCGGUUUUGAAUUUGGAGGAGUCGCAGUAGAUGAGGAAAAUAUUAUUAGGGAUUCGAUGGCAAUGAGAUUGUAUUAUCCAAUGGACCAUGCUACAGAAGAGAAGAGAUCAAUAUCGCUGAAAUGGGAAGAAUUACUUCUAGAAAUAUUGUCAAAAAUUAACAUGAAUCAUAUUGAUAUUUAUAAAUUCCUUACGCACUCGGCCAAUAACGAAAUUGAUCGAAUAGGCGAAAGUGUUUUGUUUCUUACAUAUGUUAUUGCUCCAAUUAUGCUGACAUUUUCGGCAGUUUCUUCUUUAUCCACUGAUGCUCUAAGUAGUAAGCCUUGGUUAGGAGUUGCUGGUUGUGCAUCACCUUUCUUAGCAACUGUUGCAGCAUUUGGUUUACUAAUUUACUGCAAAGUAGAUUACUUUGCAUUAAACCUCAUAAUUAUUUUUCUAAUGCUAGGUAUAGGAGUAGACGAUUCCUUCAUAUUGGUAGCUGCGUGGAGACGAACUGACAUAAAGGCUUCUGUACCUAAUAGAAUGAAAGAAGCAUAUGCCGAAGCUGCAGUGUCCAUCACCAUUACGUCACUGACCAAUCUUUUUGCAUUUUGUAUGGGAUUUGUGACACCAUACAAAUGUAUUCAUAUAUUCAGCGCGUAUUCUGCUCUAGCAAUCGUGUUUGACUAUGUUUAUCAGUUAUUAUUUUUUGGAGGACUCAUGGCUUUAGAUGGAUACAGAGAAAAACAUAAUCUGCACUCAUUCCUUUGUUGGCCAGUUAAAGAAAAUAAUCGCAAAAUCGAAAACGGAAUACAUUUAAAAUCAACAAACAAGAAAAAAGAAAACGUUCUAAUGACGUUUUUCGGCAAUGUUUUAGGUGGAAUACUUGGAAAAUCAAUCAUUAAAAUAAUUGUGAUAUUAGUCUUCAUAAUUUACCUUACAGGUGCAAUAUACUGUACACGAUUUGUGCAAGAAGGAAACGACGUAAUCGAAUUCUUUCCCUACAUGUCUUAUGCGUUUGACUACUUGACAACUGAACAUAAAUAUUUCUCUAAUUAUAGUCAUCAAGUGCAAAUAGUCAUUAACCAGAAAUUAGACUAUUCAAAUGUCACCGUUCAAAAUGACAUAGAAGAUCUUCUGCAAAGUUUCGAAUCUGCACCUUUUAUGUCUGAUUCGUCGACCACAGAAAGUUGGCUGAGAGGAUUUCUGGCGUUUACUAAAUCUCCAUUUGCAAAGUUUUCACUUUCUGGUUAUAAUCUGAGUGAUUCUGAGGACUUUCUGAGUGCAUUUAAAAAUGUUUUCUUGAAACUAAAAAUAUCAAACAGAUUUAAAAGCGAUGUCGUCUUUAACAAUGAAGCUGAUAAAAUUACUGCUUCGAGAUUUCUCAUAUCCAGUUACGAUGACAAAACUGGAGACGAGACAAAAACUUUCUUCAGGAACGUAAGAAAAAUUGCCGAUAACAGCAAAUUUCCCGUAGUUGUAUAUAAUUUUAGAUUUAUGUAUUAUGAACUCUAUAGUAAUAUUCUUUCAAACUGUAUAAAAGCUGUGUGUUCUGCAGCUGUGGUAGUGAUUUCAGUUUUUCUUCUGUUUACUCCAAACGUAUUGUUUCUUUCGUCCGUUGCCAUCACUAUUGCUUCUAUUCAGGUCGGGUUGAUUGGAUACAUGUCCUAUUGGUAUGUGAAUGUAAAUACUGGCACAUUAAUAACUUUAGUGAUGUGUACGGGAUUUUGUGUAGAUUAUACAGUCCAUACGUCUUACGCGUUUAUCAAUUGCAAAAAGAAAACACCAAACGAGAAAAUCAGAAGUUGUUUAUAUACCGCUGGAUAUCCUGUUUUGCAAGGAUGUUUAUCUACUAUUUUGGGCGUUUCGGUAGCAUAUUUUGGACCAUCCGAAUCAUUUGUGAUAUUUUUUAAAAUUAUAUCUUUAAUGGUAAUUUUCGCUUCAUUUCACAGUUUGAUUUUACUGCCUGUAAUUUUAAGCAUUUUGGAUAAUAUUUCCUUUCCGUUUUUCAAAAAGAAAAGACCAGAUUUGGAAUGCAAUGAUAAUUAUACGAACGAACUUGAUGUUUUAAAUUCUCAAUGCAUUAUUCAAGGACAACAAGGUUGAGAAAUUAUUUCAUAUUAACUGGAUUGAAUCGAUUUAUAUACUUGAAAUCUAAAAGAUAUUAGUGAAAUUUUCUGUCAUGUAAUUUUUGAGUCUUUUUUUAACACGUCAUUUGUAUAAAAUAUUCGUGUAGUCCACGAAAUAGUGUAGUUACAUACUCGUCAUGUAAUACAACGA